AUGGCGGCGGCUGCGGGGAGAAGCGCUCGGCUGGCGGCUUGGGGCGGCAGGCUGCGGCGCGGGCUCGCGGCCGGCCGACGAGCCGUCCCGCGUGCCGGGCCCGUGGCAGCGGCUGUAGCCGGCGUGGCCUUGGCAGGGGCAGGAGCGGCGUGGCACCACGGCCGCGUGAAAGCCGCUGCGCGCGAGGGCAGCCUGACGGUGCUGGCGCAGAAAAAUGACGUGGAAUCGGUAGAGAAACUUUCUCUACGUAAACAGCGGUUCAUGCAGUUUUCAUCCCUGGAGCAUGAGGGAGAAUAUUACAUGACACCCCGAGACUUCCUCUUUUCAGUAAUGUUUGAGCAAGUAGAGCGUAAAACACUAGUCAAGAAGCUGGCGAGGAAGGAUAUCGAGGAUGUACUAUCAGGAAUCAAAAUAGCACGCUGUGGAUCAACUUUUUUUAGAGACCUGGGUGAUAAAGGGCUAAUUUCAUAUACCGAGUAUCUUUUCUUACUUACAAUCCUCACGAAGCCUCACACUGGAUUCCAUGUCGCUUUUAAAAUGCUAGAUGCAGAUGGCAAUGAGAUGAUUGAAAGAAAGGAGUUUGUUAAGUUGCAGAAGAUCAUAAGUAAGCAAGAUGACUUCAAGACAGUGAAGACGAAUGAGACGGAAUCCCAGGAACCAGCAGUGAAAGAGCCUGGAAUUAACACAACCCUUCAAGUGCGUUUCUUUGGGAAAAGAGGAGAAAAAAAACUUCAUUAUAAAGAAUUUCGAAGAUUUAUGGAAAACUUACAAACGGAAGUUCAAGAAAUGGAAUUCCUUCAGUUUUCUAAGGGUCUGAACUUCAUGAGGAAGGAAGAUUUUGCAGAGUGGCUCCUUUUCUUCACUAACACCGAAAAUAAAGACAUCUACUGGAAAAACGUGAGAGAAAAGUUGUCGGUAGGAGAGAGCAUUAGUUUGGAUGAAUUCAAGUCAUUUUGCCAUUUUACAACACAUUUGGAAGACUUUGCUAUCGCCAUGCAAAUGUUUAGCUUAGCUCAUCGCCCCGUGAGACUGGCGGAGUUUAAGAGAGCUGUCAAAGUGGCAACUGGACAGGAGCUCUCAAACAAUAUCUUGGACACUGUCUUCAAGAUCUUUGACUUGGACGGCGAUGAAUGCCUCAGCCACGGGGAGUUUCUUGGAGUAUUGAAAAACAGAAUGCAUCGAGGUUUAUGGGUGUCGCAGCAGCAGAGUGUGCAAGAGUACUGGAAGUGCGUGAAGAAGGAGAGCAUUAAGGGAGUCAAGGAAGCCUGGAAACAAGCUUUUUAAGAACAAGAUGUGUAGCAAUUACAUUGCUUGAAGUGCCAGAAUUUGUGACUUUUUUUCAAAGAAUUAACUUUCUCUAAAUCUUCAUUGAGUUGCCUUGUAAUGUAAAAAUGCCAUGUACUCAUUUUCUGGUUCAGGGAUUGAGGCGGGGGGGAGCAAGGGGUAAAGUGUGUGCCACAG